UAUUAUAUUUAUUUUUCUACACAUGUUUAAUUUCUAUAACUAAUUUGGAUUUUAGAUUUUAUAGUUUGUGAAAAUAGCAUGCAUGUAAGGGAAAGAACACCAUAGUGUUUGCUAAAGUAAUAUGAAAAAUACAGGGAAUAAGUAUCGUGUUAUCUUUGUUAUGAGCAGUCAAAACCAUUAAAAGAAAAAUUAUCAAAGAAACAAACAAAAUUGAAAAUCUAAUUCAUUACUAUAUAUUGCAUAUGAUUUCAUUCCUUUUCUUUAAGAAGGUCAACUUUUUUACAAGAUUAAGUAUCAAGCAUUGGGUAAGUUAGGACUAUGAAAAAUUCAUAAAAAGUAUUUUCUCUAAUUUAUUUUAUAUAUAGUUGAAUAAAUCUUUUCUUGAAAUUCCAUAUUUAGACAUUUCAAAAAUGUAAGAGGUUUUUUGGAGUUUUAAAACAACACACGAAUUUAACCUCUUAAUUUUGGCAUUAAGAGAUUUUUCAAAAGAUUUAAAAAAGGAAAAAAAAUAUAUUUGUUUGGUCAACUUUCUAGGUACGAUAUUUUUGACUGAGAGUACUCAACAACUGUUAUAUAUAGGUUUUACGACUAGAAAACAAAAUGUCAUUCACUCUAUUUUCUAAUAAAUUCAUCACAUAAAAACAAAGUUGAAAGAAGAAGAAGAGAUGGCGAUGAUGAAGGUAAUGUUGAUGGUGGUGAUGAUGAUGGUGUUGGUUGGUACCAUAAUAGGUGAAGAGUCACAUGCAGAUUGUUUGGAACGGUGUCAGCAUUUGUGCGCUGAUAAGCCUCUGGAUAAGAAUUGUGUCCGCCAAUGCGUCUUUUUUAAUUGCGGUCCUCCUUCUCUUCCUACCAAUGUUCAUCAUUCUAAGUACAAAUACUCUUACUAUACUUUUUUUUCCUAUACAUUUGGUUAUCGAUGUAUUUUUAAUCGUAUGUAAAGUUAAUUAUGUAUGAUAAAACUGACAUGGGUUUUCAUUUUUUGUGUGGCUUCUAGCAGGAUGAAGGCUCCACAGAAUCAUGGAAUUAGAGGAUAGGUUAUUAUUGAUUUUUAGACCAAACACAUAGCAUUUAAUGAUUAAAAUAUAGCAUUGUUGUUCGUAAUUCAUAAACCACUUUGAUGUUUAGAUGUGUUCUUGGCUUGUUUGUUGCUACAGAGUUUUUUAUAUACAAGAAUUCAGUUCAGUAGAUUUUCAGGUUGAGUUAUAUAGAAGAAAAAAAAAAAACUAUAUUGAUUUGAUCAGAUGAAAAUAUACCACAUCAAAUGUCAAAUUACUUAAUGAUGCAAAAUCUAAAGACAUAUUACUUAAUGGUGGAUCUAUUUGUGAUCUCUUAAAAAACACUUCAUUAAUCCAUUUAAUUACACUAACUCAGACGUCAUACGUGCAAAAAGUAACCACCAUCUCUUAAAUAAGUCAUAUUUAUAUGAUCCAUCUUAUUUGCAGAAUUUCAAAAAAUAUCUUAAUCACAAAAAAAAACUACACAAUUAGUGUAAUCACACAAUCAUUUCACAUAUAUAUACACUAAAUAAUAGCAUGCAUUCUUCAAUCAUUCAAGCAUUUGACCAAUACUUGAAUGGUUAAUUUGCCUUUUUUUUUAUAUUAUUUAACAGUAACCCAAAUACAGAUUUAGAUCGGUUUGUCUGUUAAGUAGGUUAGAACUUAUUGUCCCAAAUCUUGAAUUGUCGAGGCGGCCCAUAAAAAACUAGUGCACUCGGAUCUUCUUCUCGUCUCUCACCUUGGAUGCACACGCUCACACACUUUACGUCACCACAGCAGCAUGUAAUCAUUUAUCAUUAUCCACCAAAUCAUCCAACAUUACUUUCAAUUUUCUAAAGUAAACUUCAACUGUUUCUCCAUUUUGUUUGUAGCCAGGCUUUACACUAUUAAACUUCACUUGUCCAGCUAGAUUUGUUUCUCUUCUAGCAUGAUCUCAUGCAUGUACAUUUCACAUUUGUAUAUAUAUAUAUAUGUGUAAU